UUCAUAAUUUAAAAUGUUAUUUUCAAAAUAUUUUGAUAAUUUAUUGUUAGUAAAAUAUAAUAUGUAAUAUAUUAUAUAUAAAUCAUAAUUGAGAAUAUGGAUAUGGAAUGUGAGUAACUAUAAUUAUAAUUAUUAUCAUAAAAGAUCGCAUAAUGAGUCGGAACCAACAAAUUUAUUCAACCUAUGUUGUGAUUGGUGGAGGUAUAGCUGGUAUAAGUUGUGUUGAAGCUUUGAAAUUAUAUACAACAGAGCCAGUACUUAUAAUUUCAGAAUCACCAAUUGUUAAAGUAGUCACUGAUAUUAAAUUUCACACUAAAAUUGCUGCAGGAUUUAAAGUCGAAGAUAGGAAUCUCCAAUGCAUUGAUAAUACAGAAUACAUAAUAGAUAAAGUAAUAGCAAUCAACUCAAUAGAGCAUAUAAUUUAUACUGUAAAUCAUCAGGAAAUCAAAUAUAAAAAAUUGUGCUUAUGUACAGGUGCUACUCCAAAAUUGUUGGAUGACAAAGAUUAUGUUAUUGGAUUGCGUGAUACACAUUCCGUGGAGUAUUUUCAAUCAAUUAUUGGUGCUGCUAAUAGAGUAUUAAUUGUUGGUAAUGGAGGUAUUGCAACUGAUUUGGUUUAUAAGUUAAAUGGUAUCGAAAUUAUUUGGGUUAUUAGAGAUGAACACAUUAGUUCACAUUUUCUGGAUGCCGGAGCAGCAGAAUUUUUUAGUAACUACCUUAACACUCAGCAAUCAAGCGACAAAGUAAUAAAAAGAUUUAGAUAUUGCGGAGAACGUACCUCUGGAGCUGCUUUAGGUCCUGACUGGCACUGUGGAGCAAUGUUUGGAAACCAUGUUGGUAAAAAUGUAAUUAUUGAAUAUAAGACUGAAAUCAAAAAUAUUUCUAAAAAGGAUUUAGUUAGGAUAGAAUUAACAAACGGUAAAGUGUAUGAAUGUGAUUUUGUCAUAUCUGCUACUGGAGUCAUGCCAAAUAGUAAUUUUAAUAUAAGAGAUGGUAGAAGUGUUGACAUUGCUAGUGAUGGUGGUAUUAAAGUAGAUUGGAAAAUGGAAACAAAUCUGCCUGAUAUAUUUGCAGCCGGUGAUGUAUGUACUGUAGAUUGGAAUUCUGAACAUUGGUUUCAAAUGAGACUAUGGACUCAAGCAAGACAAAUGGGAAUGUAUGCUGCCAAAUGCAUGCAUUCUAUACAUAUUAAAGAAACAUUAUUGCAAGACUUUUGUUUUGAAUUAUUUACACAUGUAACAUCAUUUUUUGGAUUCAAAGUUAUUUUAUUAGGUUUAUAUAAUGCACAAGGAUUGGACAAGCAAGAUUGUGAGCUAUUGGUUCGUGUAACUAAUGGUCAAGAAUAUAUUAAAUUAGUAUUAAAAAACGGAAGAGUUGUUGGAGCAAUGCUUAUUGGAGAUACUGAUCUUGAAGAAAUGUGUGAAAAUUUAAUAUUGAACCAAAUUGAUGUAACUAAUUUAAUGGAAGAUUUGUUAGAUCCUAAUAUUGACAUAGAAGAUUAUUUUGAUUGAAUUAAAAUUAUUUAUUUGUUAAAAAAAAA